CCUUACUCACACAACCACUGCACAAGAGUGGAAGAUGGAACGAAAUAUGGCUGGGACUACUGGUGUAUCCAAUGCACCCACAUACCUGGUUUGGUCCAUUUUUAACACAUUAUGCUGCUGCUUUCCUCUUGGAAUCAUUGCAAUUGUGUUCUCCCGCCGGACUCAUACGGCUAACACUAUUGGUGAUUCUACAAGAGCUAAGGCGCAUUCCAGUACGGCCAGGAAACUGAAUAUUGCCGCACUGGUCAUUGGAAUGGUUUUUUUCAUCAUUUCCAUCGUACUGUGUGUGACAGUGCUUGCAAAACAGACAUAAGGCAAUGGGGCCAAAUCGCACCGUGUUAUGGUGACAUCAGUCUCACAGAUAUUGAAAACACUGUCCACUUGGCUCAAACCCUACCUUUGUAUUUUCUUUUUCUUCUUCUUUUUUUCAUUUAAUUUUCGAUGAAACACUGUUGUAUUAAGUGUAAUCUUGUAAUCAUUUCAUGGCCAAAGAAUCAUUAUUGCAACUUUGGAAAGUCUGUAAACUCAUAUCGUGUUAAACACUGUUACUAUAUAGAAAAUAUUUUAUGAAUAAAAACAGUAAACGUUA